AUGACUUCAAAUGUGACAUAUCCAGAAAUUGCUCAGCGCAAGCAAUCGCAUCUUGAAGCUCAAAUCCCUGCGGAAUGGAAGCUCCCCGCAUCGAUCAUUCCCGAAGGGAUGCUCUCCAUCGCGGACUCCAUUACCAAUGUGAAAGAAUAUCAAUCCGUCAACGUGCUGAAUAUCCCCAGAGCGUGUGGUCUUCUUACACAUCAGGAGCUAGCUAUUACCGAGAACUACGAUAUUCGGGCUCUUCUGACAAUAAUAGCCCAAGGAAAGCUCUCUAGCGAGGAGGUUAUUACGGCAUUUAGUAAGAGAGCGGCCAUUUCCCAUCAACUUACGCGCUGCUUGACUGAGCCGCUCUUCGACCGCGCGCUCGCCCAAGCCAAACAACUCGACCAGCACCUCCAACGAACCGGCAAACCGAUCGGGCCACUGCACGGCCUUCCUGUCUCUAUUAAGGACUCCUUCCACAUUAAAGGCGUCGACUCGUCGCUUGGCAUUGCCGCUCUGGCGUUCCAGCCUGCCACGGAAAACUCCCCCUUAGUUGACCUCCUCGAGUCCCUGGGUGCUGUGAUCAUCGCCAAGACCAACAUCCCGCAAACCCUGGGCACCCUGGACAGCUGCAACCAUCUCUUCGGGCGCACAUUGAACCCACUGAACCGAAAGCUCACAGCGGGAGGGAGCUCUGGUGGCGAAGGAGUGCUGGUGGCCAUGCGCGGGUCGAUGGUCGGCUUCGGCACUGAUAUUGGAGGUAGUAUCCGUGUUCCGGCCAUGUGCAAUGGGAUCUAUGGAUUCAAGCCUAGUGUCGGGAGAAUACCAUACCAAGGCCAAGGCGCGGGUCAGAUGCCUGGAAAAAUGCGCGUAUCACUGCAGGCCGUGGCCGGACCGUUGGCACGGUCAGUGGCCGAUCUGGGAGCGGUUAUGCAGGAGAUUGUUCCUCGCGCGGAGCUCUUUGGGGAGGACUGUAUCCCUGGACAGUGGAAGGGCAAGUUCCCUAUUCAGAUGCCAGAUUUGAGGCCACAGAAUGUGACGAUCGGUGUUCUGCGAUCGGACGGGCUGGUUGAGCCUUUGCCUCCUAUCGCCAACGUUCUGGAUGAGGUGGCUCGGGCGCUGGAUCGCACCCCUGGCGUCGAGGUGGUCGAGAUUCCAGUGCCACCAGCUCUAGUGAAAUGCCAGGCCGUGGCAGGGAGAUUGAUGGGUGUUGAUGGGGCUAACGAGAUGAUGGACCUGCUGGAAAAGACCGGAGAGCCGCUGAUUCCCUGGCUCCAGGGACGCACCAAGCGCGGCAAAGAACUAACCUUGACCCAACUAGGUCAGCUACAGGAGCAGCGAUCGAUCAUUGAGCGGGAACUACUGAAGAUGUGGACGCUUAACGGUCGCCGCAUUGAUGCAAUCAUUCACCCCGUGGCGCCUCAUCCGGUCCCCGAGCUCGACCGGUACAACGCCGUCGGGUACACGUCUAGCUUUGUGCUCCUAGACUACCCGGCUGGAGUCAUUCCCGUGCGACCAUUCAACGAGGGUGACCUCAAUAAGGGGAAGGAGAUGAAGACCCCCGUGAUUGGGAGCUGGGAUAAAGUGAAUCGCAAGCUAUGGGACGAGAAAACCGUUGAUCGUCGAGUGUAUCUGGACUCGGAGCUGAGCGUCCAGGUCAUUACAUCAAAACAGCGUGACUACGAGCUCUUCCGAGCCAUGGAGAUCAUCGAUCGUGUGGUGCAAUCAGAAAGGAAUGCUAAGCCGGUCUCGAAGCUGUAA